UUCUAUCCUGUUUUCAGCAAACUGGAACGCCAUUUCCUCUCACUUAUUUCUCACUCAAAUCUACUCAAUCUUGUCUUUGUAAUCAAUUAAUGACGAUGGGUAGAGAGGCCGAUGAGGAUGUUGGUGGUGUUGGUGAUAGGUUCAAGGACGCCGAGGCACUCAAUCGCUACAAGAAAAACUUCCGACUGUGUUUUCUGAGGACCGAUCGGCAAGAGUACCUGUUGAGCGAUUUCGAGGAUUUUGGGAUUCCCUCCGUCUUCGAAUCACGCGGUUGGCUUUCCGUUGUAGGACCUGCAGAGCCUGCUAAUGUCCAGAUUAUUCAAGAAUUCUACUCCAACAUCCCCCCUCUCCCUGCUGAUCGGCCAUUCCCCGACUCUUUUGAUGUCUACCUACGCGGUAAGACCCUCAAUUUCUCCGUAAAUAGCAUUGCCCGGUUGCGUAAACUUCCUCGGCUCAAGCCGGAUGAACCCGGUUUCGAUUAUGAUCAGCUUGUUGCUAAGCUUGACAUGAAUUUAGUCAGGUCUACCUUAGUUGGCCCCUACAAGAGAUUGCAAGAACUUUUCUCCGUAACCCGUCUCACUGACUUCUACAAAAUACUUAACUGCAUUGUGGUUGAUAAUAUUGAUACUCUGGGUUUCUCUUCCUCUUCUUUCAUUACUCCUGAUAGAGCGCGCCUCCUUUAUGCUAUUGGGACCAAUCUGCCAAUUGAUCUGCCCACCUACAUUUUCCGUGUAAUCUGCCGAUCUGCAAGUUUUACCCUUGGCGACUUGCCUUUCGGGUCCUUAAUAACUCGGUUCGCCAUGGAUUCUCAGGUGCGAAUUGAUCCUACGGAUAGGCUUCGAUGUUCUUCUGUACCAGCUCUGAAGUUGGAUUGUAUACCUUAUAUUAAGAGACGUGUGCCGUCUUCUCCUGCAUUUAAUCCUGCAGGCGCACGCGCACCCGCACCUGUGCCUCCUGUCAACAACAUGAUGCUUCAUGGCAAGACAAGUGUACCAUCUUCUCCUAUAGUUAAUGCAGCAUCAGCUGCUUCUGAGCCAACUCCACAGCAUAAUCAGCCUCCAAUCGUGAGGCACGACAGGACCCAACUUACCAUCGCAGAGCUCCGCGGUGAUUCGUCUGCCGUUUACGCACACCCCGAAUCCCCAUCUCCAACUAAUCUGCAGCAAUCUACAGCUUCAACUUGCGACUCCCAUCCAAAAAAGAAAGCGAAAAGAGAUUCCAUGGCGGAUGCAAUUGGUGAGAUGGCAAAGUCAGUGAAGGAGUUUUUGGCAAGUCAAGUGAAACCGCGAGUGAGACUCGAAGGAAAGGAGGUACUUGACGUGGUUUUGAAGGUACCAAAACUUAGUAGACUGCAAGUUAUGAAGGCUGUGCGCAUAUUACUGAAUGGUAAUCCAGAAGAUUUCUCCCUAGUGAAAUCUCUUAAUGAUUCCGCGAGGAGGGAGUGGAUACUGUUUAUUAUUAGUCAAUCUGAAGUAUGAACCAAAUGAAGAAUCAAAAGUAGCCCGUGACUUCAAAAUCUCUUUAAAAUUAGUUCUUUCUCUUUCGCUGCUGUUUUCAUUUACUUUAUAUCUAGUGAAGUGCUGGUUUUCUUCAAUGAUUAGAAACAUUUGCAUGUAUAUGUAUAUUUGUAAGCAGACAUCUUUGCUGAUAUAUUAUUGUACUGUU